AUGUCCCUCUGCCCUGUCCCUCACAAAGAGCCGGGCGCCCCCGAGGCGGCCGCGCGCCCGCCGCGGCCCCGGCCCCGCCUCGUCUUCCACACGCAGCUGGCGCACGGCAGCCCCACCGGCCGCAUCGAGGGCUUCACCAACGUSCGCGAGCUCUACGCCAAAAUCGCCGAGGUCUUCGGCAUCUCGCCCACCGAGAUCCUCUUCUGCACGCUCAACACGCACAAAGUGGACAUGCAGAAGCUGCUCGGGGGGCAGAUCGGCCUCGAGGACUUCAUCUUCGCCCACGUGCGCGGCGAGACCAAGGAGGUGGAGGUGACCAAGACGGAGGACGCGCUGGGACUCACCAUCACGGACAACGGCGCUGGCUACGCCUUCAUCAAGCGCAUCAAGGAGGGCAGCAUCAUCAACCGCCUCGAGACGGUGUGCGUGGGCGACAGCAUCGAGGCCAUCAACGACCAAACCAUCGUGGGCUGCCGCCACUACGAGGUGGCGCGGAUGCUGCGCGAGCUGCCCCGCGCGCAGCCCUUCACGCUCCGCCUGGUGCAGCCCAAAAAGGCCUUCGACAUGAUCGGGCAGAGGACACGGAGCGGCAAGGCCGAGGGCCGCGUGGCCAGCGGGAAGGAGACGCUGCGGCUGCGGGCGACGGGCGCCGCGACCUUUGAGGAGGGGCCGAGCGCCACGGAGGAGGUGGCCGCCCGCCGCGUGGACGACCUGCUCGAGAGCUACAUGGGCAUCCGUGACGGCGAGCUGGCCGCCAGCAUGGUGGAGACGGCGAGGGGCGCGGGCAGCGCCGCCGCACUGGCGUCCGCGCUGGCCGCGCUGCUGGGCGACUUCGCCUUCCCCGAGGAGUUCGUGGCGCAGCUCUGGGCGGCCGUGGGGCACCACGAGUAG